AGAAUUACAAUGAGAAAAUAUUAAUGAAAGUAUCAAAGGAAAGUGAUUUUGGUUUCGUGAAGACGACGACCGAAACGAAGACCAGAGAAUUGGAGCUUCAAAUCAAAGAUCUUCAAACGUCUUCUUUCCAAUCUUUAUCUUCUUCUCAAUACCGUUGAAUUUCCAACCGAUUCUCCCUCAGAAUUUUUCACAAUUCCAUUUCAAUGGCCACGAUUUCCAAUACCCAUUUCAUCGCCUAAGAUCAUUUCUUUAGGUUUCCGUUUAGAGUAACAACAACAACUCAAGUCAAUGCAUAUUCCCAAUUCAGCUCUUCAACUUUUAGAUUGAAGUCAAAUCUCCUUCAUAUCGGGAUUCCAAGACAAGGGUUCGAAUUUGAAGAUCCAUCGUCUCAAUUCUUGAUUUCGCAAUUGAUUCUGUACUCAGGACUAGAAGAAGAUCAAUGACAAGCUCGAUUGAGGACUGCAUCCAUGUGAGUAAAGCCCUAAUUUUCGUGGGUUUCCAGGAAAAUAAACACGAGAUUUUCCGGUGUGUUGCUACUGCCGUUUCGUUUCGGGGUUGUUGUUGAUCUGUGGAGAAAGAAGGGUAAUUUUGUUUUCGAAUGAGAAUAUGGGGGAGAGUGGAACUGCUUUGCAUACUGCUAGUAACGCUGUACAGGCACUUGGGAGAGGGUUUGAUGUAAAUUUUGAUACGAGGUUACUUUAUUGUAAAGGCGUAGCUGGUUCUACUAUAGUUGAGGUUGAUGAUGAACAUUCUAGAGAUAUCUGUUUGUAUGAUGAUGUAGUUUUGCACAAUGUUUCCUGGGAUAUCAAGAACUUUCAGGAGCCUAUUGGGCAUCGAUCUUCUGGAAUUUGUAGUUUCGAUGAGAUGGCAGAUUAUUUUAAUCAAAAGGAUGGUCUUUCUGAAGGUUACCCAUCUGGUAGUUUCAAUAGUGCAUUCGGCUUCACUGGUUUAAGGCAGACUGACGCUUCAGCAACAAAGAGCCUUUCCACUGAUGGAUUUUAUAUUCCACUUGCAAAAUUUCAGUUUACAAAAACCCCAUUAGAGUUGAAAGAAAAUAUCAAGCGGGCUGUUCCAACUACUUGGGAUCCGCCAUCUUUGGCAAGCUUUAUUGAGAAUUUUGGGACGCAUGUAAUCACAUCUAUAACUAUUGGUGGGAAAGAUGUGAUAUAUGUUAAACAGCACCAGUCUUCUCCUUUAUCAACCAUGGAGGUGAAGAGAUAUGUACAGGACAUUGCAAACCAGAGGUUCUCUGACACGCAAGGCCAGACUGGUUCCGGAAGUAUAAAACUUAAGGAAAAGGGUCUAGACGGUGGAUUAUUCAACAACCAAGGGGUAUAUCCUCAGCCCACUUCUGCUCCAUAUCUCACUGGAAAAGAAGAUGUCACAGUCAUAUUCCGAAGGAGAGGAGGAGAUGACUUGGAACAAAAUCAUGUCCGGUGGGCCAGAACCGUUAGGUCCUCCCCUGAUGUUAUUGAGAUGACUUUUUACCCCAUAACUGCUCUCCUUGAUGGUGUAGUUGGAAAGGAGCAUUUAACCCGAGCUAUUCUUCUGUAUCUUGAAUAUAAACCUCCAUUAGAAGAACUGAGAUAUUUUCUGGAGUUUCAGAUUCCUCGGGUAUGGGCUCCCAUACACGACAAACUUCCUGGUCGUCAAAGGAAAGAACCAGUAUGCCCUUCUUUGCAAUUCAGCAUAAUGGGGCAAAAGCUAUAUGUCAGCAUAGAGCAGAUAUCAAUAGGACGUAAGCCAGUGACGGGUAUGCGUUUGUCUCUCGAAGGGAGCAAGCAGAACCGGUUAAGUAUCCAUCUUCAACACCUAGCUUCUCUUCCAAAAAUUAUGCACCCAUACUGGGACACCCACGUUGCAAUUGGUGCUCCCAAGUGGCAGGGGCCAGAGGAACAAGAUAGCCGAUGGUUCGAGCCAGUAAAGUGGAAAAACUUUUCCCACGUAAGCACGGCUCCUAUUGAAAACCCCGAAACCUUCAUGGGAGAGCUAUCCGGUGUCUACAUAGUCACUGGAGCUCAGCUUGGAGUCUGGGAUUUUGGAUCAAGAAAUGUUUUGUACAUGAAACUUCUGUAUUCUAGACUGCCAGGGUGCACAAUACGAAGAACAUUAUGGGAUCAUUUGCCACCAAUCGAAAAGUCGAAAAAACUAGUGUCCUCUAGUGAUAACACCAAUAAUGCUGACAAUUCGAGUUCGGGUACGAAAAGCACACAAGGCAACAACAAACUAGCAAAGCUCGUCGACACGACAGAGAUGAGCAAGGGGCCUCAAGAUUCUCCAGGUCAUUGGUUGGUUACGGGUGCAAAACUUGGUGUGGAAAAGGGUAAAAUUGUGUUGAGAGUGAAGUACUCAUUGCUUAACUACUGAGUUGUUUGUGCUUUUUACAGCCCUUCUAGAUGUAGGUAGUAGAAGUAGAAUAGGUGAAGAUAAAAAUGGGGUUCAUCAAACUUGUAAAAAGAAAUUGUUGCAGUUUGAUGGACAUAAUCAAGUGGUAGAUUAGCUGUUUUUGGAUUUAGAUUUAUGAAUUUCUACUGUUAAUGGUGACAAAAUUAUAUAUAGAUCUUCAAAAAGAAAACAUUGUCAA